AUGGAGACCAAACCAAAGCAACAAGACAAUUUGAACUACGGCAAGCUGAACUACGAGUGUGCCGAGUGUCCGAAAUGUACAGAGGCUAAAACUUUGUUUGAGGGCGAAAAUUCUGCCUUAGCCUAUAAUGACGAAGACGAUUGGUUCGACGACGAAGAUGAAGAUUUUUGUUUUACUUCGGACAAUAAGUGGUUCGAAGACGCUUGGGAGGCUGGGUUGCGGGAAAAGGAGGAGAUGCGCCAUGGUUGGAAGAAGGCUCUCGAAGUACAUUUGAAGGAUGUUGAAGCACGCUAUCAUCGCGCAAUGGAGAAUCUGGCUGUGACGCAGACAGAAUUUGAGACAUUGGAACUAGAACUAUGUACUCAGGAGGAGACUGUUGAGACAAUAAUAUAA